UGAUACGCGCGAGUGCUGCCUGUAAAGUAUUUGCUGCCAAGAUCGCGGCGCGAGCGCGUGUGUUCUUCUUGUUUUGAUGAUGACACCGGAAAUUAAAUAUACUAAGAUAUUUAUCAACAACGAGUGGGUCAACUCCCAAAGCAGCAAGACGUUUGACACGUUCAAUCCUCAUGAUGGCUCCGUCAUAGCGAGUGUUGCUGAGGGUGACAAGGCUGACAUUAACUUAGCCGUGAGCGCCGCGAAGGCUGCCUUCCACCGCAAUUCAGAAUGGCGCCUUCUGGACGCCUCGGCUCGCGGUCAAAUACUCUGCAGGUUCGCGGCCCUAGUCGAGCGCGACGCACUUUACCUCGCUGCGUUAGAGUCCUACAAUAAUGGCAUGCUUAUCACCUUUGCCCAGUGGGCGAUCAUAAGAAGCGGGAAGUUCAUCCGCUAUAUCGCUAGUCUGGCUGAUAAAAUUCAGGGAGCCACCAUCCCCGCUGAUGGUGACGUCUUUGCGUAUACAUUGAAGCAACCAAUCGGCGUUUGCGGACUGAUUCUACCUUGGAACGUGCCUGUGCUUAUGUUCAUUAACAAAGUUGUGACCGCGUUAGCUGCAGGUUGUACGGUAGUCGUAAAGCCGGCUGAGCAGACGCCUCUAACGGCGUUGGCGUUGGCUGCUCUGCUUAAAGAAGCUGGUGUGCCCUCAGGCGUAGUCAAUGUAGUCAACGGAUAUGGCCCCAGUGCUGGAGCCGCACUCACACAACAUCUAGACGUCGCUAAGAUCUCUUUUACUGGAUCGGUUGAGGUUGGCAAGCUGAUUCAGACGGCGGCCGGAGCUAACAAUCUAAAGCGGGUUACUCUGGAGCUCGGUGGAAAGUGCCCCCUCGUCAUAAUGGCUGAUGCGGAUUUGGAGUUGGCAGUGCCCGCUGCAGCGAAGGGUGUUUUUGGAAAUCAGGGCCAGAUGUGUAUCGCCGCCUCGCGUCUGUACGUCCAGUCUUCCAUCUACGAUAAGUUCGUCGAAAAGGCAGUCGAGUUCGCGAAGAACAUUAAGAUCGGGCAUCCUGCUGAACAAACCACACAACAUGGACCACAGAUUGACGAGGAGAUGAUGAAUAAAGUUCUUCGCUACAUUGGAAAGGGCCAACAAGAGGGAGCGAAACUUUUGAUCGGCGGUCAACGGAUUGGAAACCGAGGUUUCUACAUUCAGCCUGCCGUAUUCAGUAACGUCACGGAUGUCAUGGCGAUCGCAAAAGAAGAGAUCUUCGGCCCCGUGCAGAGCAUCCUAAAGUUCGACACGCUAGAAGAGGUGAUCGAACGCUCCAACAACACCAGGUACGGGCUCGCUGCCGGCAUCUUCACCACAAGCGUUACCAACGCUCUGCAGUUCAGUAAACAUGUCGAAGCCGGAAUCGUUUGGGUUAACCACUAUCUGUCGUACAACCCGCAAUCUCCAUUUGGCGGCUUCAAAGAUUCUGGAAUUGGGCGCGAAAAUGGAAUGGACUGCAUCAACGCUUAUCUGGAGGUUAAGACGGUGAACAUGGCUCUGCCGAAAAAGAUCUAA